AUGCUGCGGUAUCAUCCUGUGGCGGCAGCUGUGAUUGGUUUUCACUGGUCCUUUGCGCUUGCAGAGCUCUGUGGCGAAGGGUUUGAGCCGGACGUCUGCGUUACAGCCAAGGGCCCUUGCGGCCCUCUGCCGUCGGGUGCCUCUCACCUGACUCUCCUCGGAUAUAGUGCUGAUGGCUUGUGCCUGGUGGGCGAUCUGGAUCCCAGCACAUUGUCGAGCGGCAUCUGCAAUGCGACCAAGCUCACCCGCAGCGAUGGAUGCACCCCUGCAGUGAGCAUCGUGAAGCCCCUGGAGUGCUACGUGCUGACCGGCUGCGCCGUUGCAGUUCACGUGGUCUUGCUGAUCUUGGUCCUCCGCGGCCCCGAGGACCAGCAGAACAGGAAACUUCAGUCUGGAGCGUUCUGGUGGUCUCAUUUUUGGGCGGGCCUUGUCUCAAACAUGAUCGCGAUCUGGGAGACCACGCAGGGCGAAUUCUCUGGCAACGAAAUUAUGGUGGUGAAGCUCGUGAGCUUCCUUUUCGGUGGCUUGUGCGUUUCUCUGAUCUAUGAUGUCCCGCUCCACUUCCUGAGACAACGGUGGCCGAAAAGAUGGUUCUUGGCCUCCUGGAUGGCCGGCCUUGUCUUCAUCUGCGUUGGGCUGCGCGGCGCCUACAGCGCCGGCAUGGUUGUCGCUGGAAUCCUCGGCCACUGGACGGUGAACGGCCUCCUCAUGCUUGUCCUUGACUACCUGGGCCAGGUCGCUCUGCGGGCGUUCGGCGUUUGGCGCGGCGGUGAGCAGCCGCAGCCCUACCAGCUCCUGGUGGUGGAGCUAACCGAGCAGGCGCCCGCGCUGCAGACCGAAGCUGCCUCGGGCACGGCGCUUGUCCUGGCGCAGACGCCGGGGCCUGGCGAGGAGAAGAAGAACGACGCCUGA